AUGUCCUACGGCCAUCGACAACCCAGUCCACUACGAAACAAGCAGCGCCACAGCCGCGAACAGAGCUGGAGGCGGAGGUUCAAGGAGAGAUUCAAGGAGAAAUAUGACGCCUUAAAACGCAAGGCGAGUUUGACAGCGGCGGACUGGGCAAUCCUCUUCGUCAAAUACGCCGCUCUCGAAUGGAAGCCUGGGAAACCGCUGCCGGAACUCCCUUCGCACCGUCACAGACGCCGUCCCGAACCCGACAGACACCGCUCCCAUCGUGAAAGGAGCCCAGAGCAGAGGGGACGCCGUCGCCGCCACCAUGGAUCUCGACGAGAGCUGAGAGAUGCCUCGUACCAUCGGUGGCCACACGGAUCCUCCAUUUCCACCCCCAGGCCCACGAGGCCCAGAUCGCCGCACUCCCAUACAAGGUCCCAUGCUCGACGCCGAACUCAUACGUCCGAGGACAAUGAGGACUUCGACGAUAUUGGAGCCUAUGGGCAUGGCGUUCUACACACAGGCUUCGACCCCUCCUGGUCGACGAGGCCCAAGUCGCCGCACUCCCAGACAAGGCCCUAUAUGCGACGCCCAACUCGUCUUUACGACGGCGAUAAGGACAUCCGCCAUGUUCAAGUCUAUGGGUGUGGCGUUCCGCACCCAGACGUCGACUCCUUCGACACCUCGGGUGAUUCAGAUGACCAUGACCAUGCCCCAUCUGAUUCGGAUUACAGCUACGAUAGCGAUCUCAGCGAAACCCUCUCUGGUUCAGGCAUAGUCCACAAUGAGAGCCUCCACGUUAUCAACUCAUUUGAUUCGGAAGAAGAGUCGACCGCGAGUCUCCGCAACCCUCAACCCGUACCUCAAGGGGUCCUGACUACAGGCUUCGACCACUUCGACACCCUGAGUGACUCGGAUGACGGUUACGAUAGCGAUCUCAGCGAAGCCCUGUCUGGUUUAGGCAUAGACCACAACGAGGGCCUCCACGUUGUCACCCCAUCUGAUUCGGAAGAAGAGUCGACCGCGAGUCUCCGCGGCCCUCAGCCCGAACCGCAGGGGGUUCCGAGCACAAGCCUAAAGCAUACCUCCGCCGAUCCAGGCGAGGGUUAUCCUGAUGUUCCACCCUCCUUGCAUGCCACAUCGGAUACGGACUUCAACGAUACUGCACCCGACUCGGGCGAAGACGACGCUGGGAAUACUUACGACACUCCUUCAUCUUCGUAUCAGAUAUCGGUUUCAGAUGAUGGCGAAUGCAGUGGUCCUAGAUCCUGUUCAUCCGACUCGGAUGGAGAUGAAGAAGAGAUUGUCCGCCAAGCUACAAUCCUUCCGCUCCAAUCUGUCAAGGCGGACCUCGGCAGCACAGUCUCUAACUCGAACGGACAUUACGCUGGCGAUUCUUAUGAUAGCCCUCCCUCUUCGCAUCAGAUACGGGACUCAGACGAAGAUGAAUGUAGUGAUCAUAGGUCCUGUUCAUCCGACUCUGAAGAAGAUGAAGAAGAUGAAGAAGAGAAUGUCCGCCAAGCAGCAGGCCCUCCGCUCAAAGUUGUCAAGGUGGAACUCGGCGACAUGCUCCCCAACUCGAAAGAGAAUCGGGAUGCUCCGCCCAGCUCCAGCCCGCCCGACCCGAGCGAAGACUACCCGGUGGAGAACAUCCGCAAUGCCGGAACCAGUCCACCCCAAGUUGUGCACGUUGAUUCAGGCGACAACUAUUCCGACUCUGACGAGUCUGAAGAUGGGGAUCCGGCAGCAGACCUCAGUCCUACGUCAAUUAACGCGUCCCCUGAGGGCGAGGGAGAGGUUGACAGCCUUGACCAGGAUGAGGCAUAUGCCAGCACAUCACCCAUCGCGAGCCCGGAGAAGCUAGAAAGAGCCUCCGCUAUCGCCUCUGUUGUCCCCCUUUCAUCACAAGAUGAUGUGACUGGGCCAGGAGACUCCAAGGCAGAGUCCAUAGCAAGCCACAAUGCUUCUGGGACCGAGACUCCUGGCCCGCGGCCGCAGCCUUCUUCCGUGGCGAUGCCAUCCUCUUCGAAGGCUGUCCGCUCCACGAAGAGGCGAGAUGCUACUAAGGCCAAGUCACCCAUGAACCUCGAUCCGGGAUCAAUUGUCCGGAGAGUGGUUGGGGAUGACAAACAUCCUUAUCUCGUCACGCAGAACGUACUACACAACGGCAAUCCAGCCGUUGUGGCACAUCCCUGCACGUCUCGUCCCCAAAAGGAAAAAUUCAGAAAUCAAUACCAGGAGCAGACAGAGACACACUACGUCUUCCUGGGGGGUAUCAUAGAAGGUAAUUUUGACACCGAUGGCAUUCCAAAGCCAAAGGUGGCCGAACUUGAUAUCCAAGGCCCACCAAUGCCUAAACAGACUUACAUCAAACUUGAGGAACACGAGCCUUUUGACCCAAACGACUUCGUUCCGUUUGGGCCUCAGAAGCGCGAGCUACCUCCUGAAAGUUUGGAGAAGUUUCUCAACCUGUACAGAUUACAUGGUUGCAAAAGAGUCCUCCUGGGAGCGUCCCCGCCGCGCAACCGGAAAUACUCAUGUAAGAAUCUUCGAUCUGUCACGCCAAGACGUUCAGCCCGCCGGCCUCCUCCUCCCUCCAAGCGUCGCCGCCAACGGAGACAGGAGUAG